AUGUCCAACUCCGACAUUGGAUGGAUUGGAGCAAUCAAUAACUUCUUGAUUUUUGCGGGAUCGGUGGUGACAGGCCGAAUUCUUGAUAUGUUUGGUCCUGUCGUCAUGCUCUGGUUCGGCUCUGUUACAACCGUCUUCUCCAUCAUGAUGAUCUCUCUCUGCAAGGAAUACUGGCAAUUCAUUCUCUCCCAGGGCGUGCUCCUUGGUAUCGGAAACACCCUUUUACUAUGCCCAGCUGUCGCUCUCGUCGGGCAAUACUUCAAGAAACGACUCGCACUAGCUGUCGGAGUUACAAUAGCAGGUUCAUCCCUGGGAGGAGUUAUUUGGCCUGUCGUUGUUCACGCACUCAUACAAAAGCCCGGCGUUGGAUUUGGAUGGACCUUGCGAAUUGCUGGUUUCAUUAUGAUUCCAAUCCUAGUCUUUACCUGUGUUUUCUCUCGGCCACUACUUACACCAAAGAAGAUGCCAGAUGACGGCACAGACAACGGGGCAAAUCCAUCAAAGCCGGCAUGGGACUGGUCAAUAAUAGCCAGGAAGCAAACCCUUUUCACUGCAUGCGGAUUCUUCUUCAUUUAUUUCGGGAUGUUCAUGCCAUUCUUUUAUACCACGGAAUACGCUCUGUCAAAGGGCUUCUCAUCGAAUCUGUCGUUUUAUACGGUUUCGAUUAUUAACGGUGCAUCACUCUUCGGGCGAAUCAUCCCGGGAAUGAUUGCCGACAAAUACGGAAGAUUCAACUUGUGUAUUGCAAUGACAGUAUUUUCCGGAAUAAUUUCCUUGUGUUGGACGACUGUUACUUCGGUUGCUGGUAUAGUCAUGUUUUCGCUCUCUUACGGGUUUUCGUCUGGCGGAAUUCUAUCUUUGCAACAAGCUUGUGCUGCACAAAUAGCAAGCCCAACCACAAUUGGUACGGUUAUCGGCUUCGUUAUGGCAUCAACUUCUUUCUCAGCGCUAGCAGGCACUCCUAUCGGUGGAGCACUUAUUGAAAACUAUGGAUACCUGUCCUUGUCAAUUUACUCUGGUGUUAGCAUGCUACUUGGUGCCUCGGUGCUCUUCAUAGCUAAACUGACCCAGAAGAGCCAGCCAUUUGCUAUCGUUUAGGACAUAGCAUUUCAGGGAUUACCCGGCCCCGAUACUAGGACUUUGGG